AUGUCUAUCGCGACUCAAGAUAGUGCUGAACGACCUCAUUCUGGAUACAGUCCAGCGAUAACUGCUGUCGAAACCAAACAUAUUCGCCUUCAACUCGAUAAAGAACGUAACCAAAAGGAAAGGACGAGGCCCGCCGACGACAUGGCCUCCGAGGAUCUAUCGCACUCAUUACCCUGCACAAUACCCUUCGCCAGCUUGCUGAGUCCAUGA